UCCAUUAAGCUUCAUUCACUGGUUUCUGAGUGUAAAAGAAAAACGAAAGAAAAUGAUCGAUGUGAUUCCGUAUCUGAAGAUUCUGUUGAUUUCCGCGGGAGCCGUGUCGGUUUCCAUGGCGAUGAAAGCCGGCGUUCCGGUUCUCGUGCAUGAUGUCUCGGCGGUUUGGACCGGGUUCACGGCGUGCCUCAAGCCGCUGUACCUUUACGUCGCCAUUAACGUUAUCAUCAUCACCAUCGUUCUCGCCUCGCGGUUCCAACGGGAGGUUGUUGAAGAUGAGAUAUCGAUGCAACUGCAUCCCCGAGAAUUCCGGAGGUUGUUAGUAACGGCCAGGACUCCUCCCGCGCCGGAUUUGAACCGUCUGCUGGCCGUUGCUGAGCUGGAGCUCAAACCGGAUUUUGAAGAGAGCAUCCACGCCGCCGUGGUUUUGAGGGACGAACCGGCGGCGGAGGUGAACGGUUCUAUUGUAGCUGUGAGUGAAGAUGAUGACGGCGGCGCCGGCGAUUAUUCUAAUUUCGCCGUCGCUCCGCAGCUGGUAGAUGAAAUCGGACUUUUCCGGUGGGAGGCGGCGGAGAAAUCACUCUCACUCGCCGAUCAAAAACCGCCGUCGAAAGGUCUGAGGUUGCCGGCGGCGAGGCCGAAACAGCACGAGACGCUGGAGAACACGUGGAGAAUGAUAACCGAAAGGAACCACGUCCUGACGCCGGCGAGACAGCUAAGGCGGUCCGACUCGUUCGAGAACGCCUCCGCCGACGAGAAUGAGAAUCACGCUCCGCUUCCUCGCCCGCAGAACCACCGAGACGCGCUCAAGUCGCGGACGUUCAAGGACCGGACCAACUACGACUCGCCGAAGGCGGCGCCGGUGAAGGCCCGGAAAGAGCCGUCGCUGAGUCAGGACGAAUUGAACCGGCGAGUGGAAGCGUUCAUCAACAAGUUCAACGAGGAGAUGAGGUUGCAGAGGGAGCAGUCAAUACAGCAGCACAUGGAGAUGAUCAACCGUGGGGCCUACUAACUUAAUUUCAAAAUUUUAAAUUAUUAGUUUAAAGUGAAGUAGUAAUUAAUUUAUUUUGUGUUUUCAUUUUACAGCGGAAAGUGCAAAGAAUAUUACUUUUUUCCCC